AGAAAUGAUUUUUCCACUUGUAUUAUAUACAACCAACUUCCGGUAACACAAUAGAGCAACACAAAGUCGAGCGAGCAGGCAGACUGCAGCACCGGACAGUAGGAUGAGGUUCCGUUUGUUGUUGCUCUUCAUAGCGGCCUCCUGUGCUUUCGUUCACGGCAAUUGCGACCGAGUUAGCAUGCUACCUACAAACAUAUCUGAACGAGAGUACGUCGUGAGAUUGAACCAGAACUGUGGAGAUCAUACUACAGAUAGUCCCAUAUUCUGUGAGGACAGCGGCUGGGGAGAUGAAGAAGUUAAUGUAGUGUGCAAGAGCAAGAUUAACACAAGCUAUGGAUUGGGUGGUACUUUUUUAUAGCUAUUCACCUUACAACUAACUAGUUAUCCUGCUACACAUCACACCUCACCAGAUUAUAUAUAUUGAGUUUGCUGAUACUAAUUACCAAGUUGGCUACGCUCAUGUGUAGCUACUGCAAGGGAGGUGAAGAGAGGCUGGAAGGCUGUGAAGUGGGGAACCUUACAUCACACAGUUGCUCGUAUCUUGGCAUUGCCCGCUGCCUUGAUGUUCCUCAGGUUCUUGUAUCCAGGGAAAAAGUUACCAGCAUUUUGAACGAGUAGAAAUUUUCGAGAAUGAAACUGCUGAUUUCUGUCAUUGUGUGGGGACCACUCUCACAACCUCUACAUGUACUAGUGGAAACCACUGACAAUGGUGCGGCAGUGGCUAACUUUGACUAUCAUCCUCUACAACAAACUGUUACAUUUGAGCCGACUGAGUCCUUGAGAUCACAGCAGUGUCUGAAGAUAGAGCUUAUUGAUGACUCUCUGGCUGAGUUCUGGGAGAUUGCCAGUUGCAGUUUUUUUUGGGAGAUUGCCAGUUGCAGUUUUCUCAGCGAUAACCACAUCGGUAGUUGUGGUUCUUUUCCUCGUAGUCGCAGUGGUUUUCCUCUUGGUGUACAUGAAGAGAAGGAGGAGAGACGAGCAGCCAGUGCACAAGUGAGUGGUUCCACUAACCAGAACAAAGGAGAGAGUGUGGUAGAAAGAGGAGGAGGUGGAGGACAGAAACAUCUUGGUAACCCAAUCUACGAUGCG